ACAGAAAGCGGCGGAGGGAAAACGUUUUCAGCCGUCGCCCAGAGUUCUCUGUAUCAUCUGCGAUGCGCAGUAAAUGGUGACUAAAGGAACGUCCCCACGUCUGACACGCGCCUCCCCCCAACGCGUGAAAGUGAAGCAUCGCAGUCACCUCUGAGGCUCUGGAGGUUUUUAUUACAGCCUCCAGUAACGAGUAAACGACGGAAAAGAGCGCGCGACCGCUUUCCUUACAGUAAGAGCGCAACUUCCGUCAUCACCGUCAUCUGUUUACAAUUAAACCCACUAUUGGGUAACUUAACCGCGGGGAACACGCACCGCUCGCCUCCGAAGUGAGCCCUUCACCAUAAGAGAGUGUGGUCGUGGGAGUGAGUGGUUUCCCAGGGAGGAACCAAGUCAGCGACUAUAAAAACGCGGACGGACUCAGCAGAAGGAAGAAGGAACCUCAUCAAAACACACGGAGCUGUUGUGCAGGUCUAAAUGGACUGGACCCUUCUUGUAGUUUUUCAAGUCCUGCUUCAGCCGUCUCUAUCAGUUCUGUUCACCGUCGAGGCAGAGAGGACCGCGUACAACUCCCAGUUCGGAGGCGAUGUGGUGAUGGGCUGCAGGUUUCAGCCGAAAGCGGCGGCCGAGGACUCGGAGCUGAGGGUCACCUGGCACCUGAUCAGCGUCAGCCCGGUCCGCGAGGUCCACCAGUACCAGCGGGGCCAGCAGCCGGGGCCCGGCGGCGCGGGGGAGGGGCCCGGCCGAGCGAGGCUCCUCGCGGCCGAGCUGCGGGACGGAUGGGCCAAGCUACAGAUCUCCAGCCUCAGGAUCAAUGACUCUGGGACCUAUCAGUGUCGGGUGCAGACCAAAGAAGGCGCGGACUAUAAGACGAUGACGCUGUCUGUUACAGCGCCCUACGGCGCCGUGACCCGCAGCGUGGAGCGGGCAGCCCGCGGGGACCGCGCGCUGCUGCGCUGUCAGGCCGAGGGCCACCCCAGAACCGCGGUGUCGUGGCGGGACGGGCGGCGCCGGGCCCUCGGCGCCAACACGACGGCCGUGGAGACGCCCCAGGGUCUGUUCAGAGUCAGCAGUCAGAUCUGGGUCAACUCCACGGAGGAGAGGAACUACACGUGUGGCUUCACGGCCGACGGCGCCUCUGCGACCUUCCACAUUCCAGGUGAUUUACCCGCUGCACAGAAGAGACACGACGCCGUCAUCGUGUUGCUGAGCGUGGGGGUCGUUCUGGGCAUCGUCAUCGCAGCGCUGCUGCUGUAUCGGCGGCGGAGGAAAGGGUUUCGCACCCUCAGCAAAGGGAACCUUCUGGUGGAGCCUCGCGUCAGAGCGGGCGCCGCUGCCGCCUGUCUACAAAUUAAUAAAGAAAAUGAGGAAGAGAGAACGACAUUCAGUGAAGAUUACAGGAAGGAAAAUCUGAGGGUGUUCCUGAACGAGCGCUACUGCGAUUUCCAGUGCGCGGCUGACGUGGAGCAGCUUCAUCAGCGGCUGCGGACCGAGGACGACCGGCCUGCAGAGCUCCAGGCUUUGAUCCCAGACGCUGGAGAGGCCGUAGUUCUGGAGGGACCCCCGGGGAGCGGGAAGACCGGCGUGGCCCACUUCCUGGUCCGGUCCUGGGCCCUGGGGGUCCCACGCGCCCCGCCCCCCCUCCUCCAGCUCCGCGCUCUGCAGCUGCUCUUGUAUCUGGACUGCAGCGCCGCCGAGGGCGACUUGUGUCAAGAACUAAUGGCUCGACUUGGCCUCAAGGAGCAUUUAUCGACAGAGGAUGAGCUGAGGACUAUGUUGAGCCGGUGCGGGGAGACGCUGCUGCUGUUGGACGGCUACAGAGAAGGAAGCGCGCGGUUUGACGAGUCUCUGAAGAGGCUCCUGGGCGAACGAGGCGGCUGCAGGGUCCUGGUCACGACCUCAGAGGACGUCAGGCUUCUGACGGAGGCCUCGAGGACGGCGCGGGUGCUGAAGCUCCACACACCGAUAGCGAAAUACUGAAGACACCAAACAUACUGUACAUUAACAUUUGUGUUCCGUUGUUGUUGUUGUUGUUGUUGUUGCACUAUUUUUAUAAGCUUAAAAAAUGUCUUGAUCCAUUAAACCUAUUUUUACGACA